AUUUUUACUUAGCUGCCGAUUGUCUGAUUAAAAAAAAAAUAAAUACUGACGAGAAGAGUGAGUGCAAUUGUCCAAGAUAUUACCGAUGUGAUUAGCGUGGUGAAAACGUUGCACGAUCAUGCGAGGUCACGGCCACUAUCAUCAACGGCUUCCGCGUUUGAGUUGUAGAACUACUGACUGUCUGUUCGGGCAUCAAAUAGCAACUCCUACACGAAUAAUUGUGUAUAGCUCUUCCAAUUCUCAUUCUCGUUUACAUCAGAAUGACUACCAUGGCGGAGAACAGGGAGACGAUGGUUCAAAAAGGUCUGUCGGAGUGGUGGAGCGAGGAAACGGAGUACGUUUUCCAGAGGAUUGAGAGAUGGGCGGCCUUUGCACGUGGUUACAAUCGUCUUCGGUCGCAAAGGUGGUUCAAGAAUCGGCAAACGAUCCAAGAAUCCUGGGGCGUGUCUGCCGACGAAACGCCACCGCGAUUUCACAGUCUCAAACGAUCGAAAUGGAAAUCGGGUUCGGAGGAGAUCAAGAUUAAUUGCUGCGGCACCUUCAAUUACCAGUCAAGCGGUAAGCUGGAUAGCAACUGCCUAGAAACAUACCGGUACGACCAUAGCAUCUACUUCAAGACUAUCGGUGAUAUCAGAAACGACAAGAGGGACCAAAAUGAGAAUCAGGACAGUGCGUCCAUCAGCAGCGAGGAGCAGGUUGAGUGGGACGUCAACUCGCUCAACGAUUCGAUUUCUAACAAAUUAUUCUCCGAAGAGACUAACAAUAUCUCAGAUACUGUUGCUGAACGGGAAGACAACAGAAGGACGCAAAAUGCCUGGCCAAUCGUGGAUCUAUCUAAACUUGACUUGAAUCUAAUAGAUAACCGAGGAAGAGACGAGUGGCAUUCUCGUUCUACUGAUGAAGAUAAUCGUGGAAAAGAUGGGAGACAGACGGAGAACAACAACGUGAUAUUUUUGGAUAAUUUAAAAGAUAAGGUGAAUAAGGAGGAUCAGGAAAACCGGUCAAAAGGUCAGGAGAGACCGAACAGGUUUCACUCGUUCCGAAAAACUAAACGAUCAUCCAAGAACCUGCGGCAAUCGUCAGUCAUCGGCGAAAACAAUGUCAUUUGGCCGGGAGUUCUUUUGAAUUACACCAACAACUUCGACGUUGCCAGCAACCCUCCGAAGGAUCAAUAAAAUUAGUUGAGCGGACAAAUUUGUGCAUAAAUGCGUAAGCGUUUUGAUCAAUGAAUCGCCUAAUUUUAUAAAAUAUAAUGGCAACUUAUAUUGAUGUGCUUUAUAUCGAUUAAAAUAGAUGUGUUUAUUUUCUAAUACCAAAGUAAAAUAUGUACGUGUUUUCUUUAUGUUCUUUCUACUAAUUUUAUCUCUGCAAAAAAUUUUUUUCUUCAAUAUUCUUCUAUAUCCGAUAUUUUUUGUGAAAGGAGGAACAUAAUACAU